AUGGCCGCGCAGCUCGCCACCUACCUGCACUCGCGCCAAGCUCGCCUAUGCAGCAAAAGCAUCGGUGGCGCUGUGGCGGACUACUGCAACACAGCAACCACAUGGCCGGGCUCCGGCCGCCGCCUCUGCCUCCCCGGUAACCACAUCCAGUGCCGAGCCGACGCGCUGGACGCCUGGCUCCGGUCCCCCGCCCUCAACAACCUCCAGGAGCUCGAGUUCUACUUCUACGGCAAAAGAUACUGCGCUCCGGAUCUAGUAUUGCUGCUACCGCCGCCGGCGUCCAUCUUCCGGUGCUCGUCCACUCUCCGGGUUGCAAUUAUCAGCAACUGCUAUCUCACGGACGACGCCGUCGAAACGCUUCGCUUCAAACAGCUCAGGAGGCUCGCGCUCGUACAUGUUAAGAUCUCGGAGGUCUCACUGCACAAGAUUAUCUCUGCGGGCUGUCCUGGCCUGGAGUGCUUGCUGCUUAGUACCAUUUCGGGCGUUCGCUGUCACCGGAUCAACUCCCCUACCCUUAGAAGCAUUGGCAUUUGUUCUAGCUCAGAUGAACUCAUCAUCGAGGAUGCCCCGUCGCUUGAAAGACUGCUCUAUCCUGAAAUGAAUAAGCGGAUGAAAACUACGGUUAUCUCCGCGCCUAAACUUGAGACUCUGGGCUGCAUUCCUGAAAAAUAUAGAGAUUCCAGAAUCGUGUUUGGCUCCACAGUUAUCCAGGCGGGGUUGCGCAUUGAUAGCCUGACAAUGGUGGUGCGCACUGUCAAGAUCUUGGCCAUCCAUAUGCCAUUUUUUGAUCAGGAUAUGGUUAUUGACUUGAUGAGAUGCUUUCCGUGCUUGGAAAAGUUGUAUGCCAAGGAGGCAAAUCAGCCAUGUGAACAAAAUAGAUGGAACCGUAAAAACUGGAACCUUCUCACAUCUCUUGACUUACGUUUGAGGACAAUAGUGCUGAGAUGUUAUUGCAAGACCUACUUCCAAGUUAACUUCGCCACAUUCUUCAUGCUGAACUCAAGAAUGCUAGAGACAAUGAGGCUCGAGGUCGCAUCCUGCAAUUACAACGAGCACUUCUUUGCAGAACAACAUGAGAUGCUCCAGAUGGAGAAGAGGGCAUCUAGAGGUGCUCGGCUUUGCUUUACAACUGGCUGUAACCAUGAAGUUUCAGGUACCAUGCAUCUCGAUGAUUUGGAUUCUACCGACCCCUUCGAUUGUGGAUGUUGA